AUGUCCUUGGGAUGUUUUGUAACUAUUAUCCUUUGGAUGAAAUCGCUUGUAUAUAAAAAACUAAAGAAGUUUCAUGUAGUAAUUAUAUUAAGCUAAGGUUAAUUCAACUAUUUUGAAAAUGCUUGUGUGGAGACUAAAAGUACUGAUUUGGGAUGUCUUCCUAAUUUGAAUUAAUAAGCUUGUAUGCAAUAAUAAAGAAAUAUAGAAGGCAAGGAAGUUAAAUGUAAUUUUUAAUACUAGAAUUAGGUUUUUUUAGAAAGAGAUGUACAUAUGCAAAUGAAUUUCAUCUUAAGUUUUUAGAUUGUAGAUAAAACUUUUCAAUCUAUGCUUGUGUAAAUUUAAAAGGAAAAAAUUGUAUUUGGUCAAAUAAUGUUUGCAUACCUAAUGAUAGCGUGAUUCCAAAGGGAGAUUCUUGCGAAACUAUCUUUAAUGCACCUGUUACGUCAAAUUUAUGCGCUUAAAUUUAGGAUCUAUUAUGUAAAACUCAAUAUAUAAGCAUAGGCCAAAAUAACGGGUUCGAGGGCGGAUAUUUUUGUGAGUAGGUAACUGAAAUACAGUUAUAGAAAUAUACAUGCGAUACUUUGGGAUUAAGUAAAGGAGCAUGCGUUGGAAUCCAGACUAAGGGAUAAAGAUGUAAAAUGAAAAUAUAUAUUUUUUAGGCAUAUACAAAAAUAAUGUAUGUAAAGAAUUCAAAAUAGAAGAUGAAAUAAGUUGUUUAAGUUAUUUAAACAGAGAAGCUUGUCUUAGUAUUUAAAAUCCAUAAUUAUUGUGUGUUUGGGAUAAUAAAGGUUGUUAACCUUUGUAAAUUUUGAAGAAUCAGGAUUGUGAAAAUUUUAAAAAUGUAAAUCCAAGUGUUUGUAGAGAAAUGCCAAUAUAUUGCUUUUAUGAUGAAAUAAAUCAUUAAUGUUAAUCUCCAAAUUAAAAUUAAAAGCAGACUUGUAAUACUAAGGGACUUAAUAAAAUUGGCUGUAUAAGUAUUAAAAACUAGAAAUGUAUUAUAUUAAUAAUUAAAUAUUUAGGUAUAUAUUUUAGCGAAGAAGGAUGUUAAGAAGUCAAGGAAGAUUUAUUAAAUUAAAUUAGUUGCACUGAUUCAAUUAAUGAGGAAGCUUGUAUCAAUGUUAGUACACCAUUUUAAUAUUGUUAAUGGAAUGGUAAUGAAUGCAUAAGAAUACCUUUGAAUUAGGAUUUAAAUUGUCCAUUACCAGAAGAGAAUGGAAAAUUUUAUAAAGUAAAUGGAAAUGUUUGUUAAGCAAUAUCAAAAUAGAAUGUAGGUUGUAAAUAUAAUGAAUAAACACGAUUAUGUUAGAGUAGUACAGGAUAGGAGAUAUGUACAACUCCUUAUUUAAAUUUGUCUGGUUGUGUUUAGAUUUCAUAAGCAUUGGCUUGUAGUUGGAAUGAAGAGAUGAAUAAAUGUGAAGUGGCAACAUUAAUUGAUUAGGUUACAAAAUGUAGUGAUUUAAAAUAUUCAAAUCCAUAAGCAUGUUCUAGGAUAACAGAAUUUGAAAAUGAAAAAGCAGUGGGAUGUUAUUUUAAUAGUCAAACAUAAUAAUGUGAAAAGAUUACAUAAGAAAAUUUAAAAUAGAUGGAAUGUUUAUAAUAAGGAUUAAAUAAAUAUGGAUGCACAAUGAUAACAAAGAUUGGAUAAAGAUGUAGAUGGUUUAGAAACAGAUGUACAAGCAUUAGAAAUAAAGAAUAGAUAGCAUAAAUCUCAUGUCUUGAAUUAAAAUAUGUUAAUCCUGGAAGUUGUGGAUUAGUAACUUUUUAAAAAGAAGUUUGUAAAUAUAGCGUGGAUGGUUAUGGUUGUGCUAACAGUAUUAAUUCUAGUGAAAUUGGAGAUUAUUGUUAUACUUUAGGUUUAAAUUCGUUUGCUUGUUCUUAAAUCACUAGAAAUAUAGAGGGAUGCUAUUUUGAUUAAAUUAAUAAUGUAUGUUUAACAGCCCCUGAUAAGAAAUCAUCUGAUGAAAAUGUCUAAGCUGCAUCAAGAUUAUUAUUAACUACUGCUAAAUGUGUAGCUAGUUCUCCAACUAAAAAUAUUUGUACUUCAAUAGAAACAUUAGGAGAAUAAUGUGCUUGGAAUUAUAGAACAAGUUAAUGCGAUUAUUAAUUUGUUUAAUUUAAUUAAAAAUGUUUAGAUUACAAUACUAUAGAAAAAUAGAAAACUAUUCCUGGAAUAUAAAUAGCUAUUAAUGCCAAUGUUUGUGCUAGUAUUAUAAUGAAUUAUGUAAUAAAUUUAUAUCUAUUAUAUAGCCUAAUAAAAAUCCAAAAAUUUUAAAUUAAGUAGAUGAUCCACUUAGAGGAUAUUGUUAAUUUGAUGGUAAAGAAAAUUGUAUAAAAUUCCUUUAAACACCUUGUACUACUAAAUGUUGUACAGAAUUAGUUGGAAUUAAUGCCCAUGUUUGUAGUAGAUUUACUACUGGAUAAUAUUGUUAUUUUAAUGAAUUUAAUAAAUGUGUAGAAUUAAUUGAUGAUAUUGUUGAUACCAGCAAUUCUUAAGCUGUUAAAGACUAUUACAAUUUUAAAUAAUAUAAAUGUUCAUCAAUGAAUAAAAAUUCAUGUUGGAUGAUUGAUUGGUCUGCAACAUAAUAAUGUUAUUGGGAUGGACUUGUAUGUACUUAAAUUAAUUUUGGUGAUUAUCCUAAAUUAUUUAUAUUUGAUCGCCGUUAUGGAAUGAAUAAAUUUGCAUGUCAAGGUAUUGAAGGAGAUGAUAAUUAUGUAAUGAAAUAUUUUAGAUAUAAUAAUUUGAAUGUUUGUAUUGAUUAUCCUAUUGAAAUAACUACUUGUGAAACUGAAGGUAUCAAUUCAAAUGUUUGUCUAAGAAAAUCCUUUAAUCUUUACUGUAAAUGGGAUAAAAUCAAUUUACAAUGUGUUACAAUAGAUGAUUACUUAUCAUUAUAUACUUGUAAUGAAUAUCAAAAUCAUAAGGCAUGUAUCGAAAAUCCUUAUGCUCCUUGUGCUUUCCUCUUUUCUACAGACAAAUGCAUCUCUAGUCCUUAAAAUAUUAAUUGUAUAGAUUUCAAUAUCCUCAAACCCUAUUAUGGAGAAGUUAAUUAAAAAGCCUGUUAAAAUAUUACAAAAGGUGGAUAAAUUUGUUAAUAUAAUGAUGUUACUAAAAGAUGUAUUGAAAGAACAAAUCAAACACAACAGGAAAGUUGUGAUAUACCAGGAAUCAAUUCGAUUGGAUGUUAUUCACUUACUACAGGAUUUUGUAGAUGGGAUCCAAUAAAUUUAAAUUGUUAUGAGGAAGAAGAUGAUGAUGCAAUAUACACAUUAAAAUGUUCUGAUUACGUUAAUAAAAAAUUAUGCUUGUUAANAUUUGUACUUCAAUAGAAACAUUAGGAGAAUAAUGUGCUUGGAAUUAUAGAACAAGUUAAUGCGAUUAUUAAUUUGUUUAAUUUAAUUAAAAAUGUUUAGAUUACAAUACUAUAGAAAAAUAGAAAACUAUUCCUGGAAUAUAAAUAGCUAUUAAUGCCAAUGUUUGUGCUAGUAUUAUAAUGAAUUAUGUAAUAAAUUUAUAUCUAUUAUAUAGCCUAAUAAAAAUCCAAAAAUUUUAAAUUAAGUAGAUGAUCCACUUAGAGGAUAUUGUUAAUUUGAUGGUAAAGAAAAUUGUAUAAAAUUCCUUUAAACACCUUGUACUACUAAAUGUUGUACAGAAUUAGUUGGAAUUAAUGCCCAUGUUUGUAGUAGAUUUACUACUGGAUAAUAUUGUUAUUUUAAUGAAUUUAAUAAAUGUGUAGAAUUAAUUGAUGAUAUUGUUGAUACCAGCAAUUCUUAAGCUGUUAAAGACUAUUACAAUUUUAAAUAAUAUAAAUGUUCAUCAAUGAAUAAAAAUUCAUGUUGGAUGAUUGAUUGGUCUGCAACAUAAUAAUGUUAUUGGGAUGGACUUGUAUGUACUUAAAUUAAUUUUGGUGAUUAUCCUAAAUUAUUUAUAUUUGAUCGCCGUUAUGGAAUGAAUAAAUUUGCAUGUCAAGGUAUUGAAGGAGAUGAUAAUUAUGUAAUGAAAUAUUUUAGAUAUAAUAAUUUGAAUGUUUGUAUUGAUUAUCCUAUUGAAAUAACUACUUGUGAAACUGAAGGUAUCAAUUCAAAUGUUUGUCUAAGAAAAUCCUUUAAUCUUUACUGUAAAUGGGAUAAAAUCAAUUUACAAUGUGUUACAAUAGAUGAUUACUUAUCAUUAUAUACUUGUAAUGAAUAUCAAAAUCAUAAGGCAUGUAUCGAAAAUCCUUAUGCUCCUUGUGCUUUCCUCUUUUCUACAGACAAAUGCAUCUCUAGUCCUUAAAAUAUUAAUUGUAUAGAUUUCAAUAUCCUCAAACCCUAUUAUGGAGAAGUUAAUUAAAAAGCCUGUUAAAAUAUUACAAAAGGUGGAUAAAUUUGUUAAUAUAAUGAUGUUACUAAAAGAUGUAUUGAAAGAACAAAUCAAACACAACAGGAAAGUUGUGAUAUACCAGGAAUCAAUUCGAUUGGAUGUUAUUCACUUACUACAGGAUUUUGUAGAUGGGAUCCAAUAAAUUUAAAUUGUUAUGAGGAAGAAGAUGAUGAUGCAAUAUACACAUUAAAAUGUUCUGAUUACGUUAAUAAAAAAUUAUGCUUGUUAAUAUUAAAUGAUAAUUGUGAAUGGUCAACUGUUGAUAUGAAAUGUUCAACUGUAGAACAAUUAAAAGUUGUUAAAGCGAACACUUUAUAUAAUGCAUAAGCAUGUACAAAUAUAGGUGGAGCUCCUUAUUAUUAUUCAACAUAAAAUAAUUUAUGUGAAGAAUUGAUUCCUACCUAAAAUGAUUUAAAAAAUAAUAAAGAUUGUACUGCUAUGAUUAUGAAUAAAGAAGCUUGUUUAUUAAAUACUAGAAAUCAUAGAUGUAUAUUUGAUCCAACUUAAAUUCCUGAAAAAAAGUGCUCAAAUUUAAAAUCAGAAUAAUUAGUUUGUUCAUCAACCACUUUAAUCAACAUUGAGAUUUGCAUGAACAUUCCAUCAUAAUGUUAUUUUGAAGUAGUUUCAAUGACAUGUAAACAAAGAAUAAUUUAAGAUACUAUUAAUUGUUCAAGCUUAAUUGUUGAAGGUCUACAUUACAAUAAAUUAUCUUGUUCAUCAAUUAGUAACACAUUAAAUGAUAAAUCUACAGAUGACAAAUUACAAAUUUGUACAAGUACUAAUGUUUAAGAUAAAGCUUAAUAAUGUCACUUUGAAAAAUACUGUUAAUGGGAUAGUGUUUCUUAUGGAUGUAAACUAGUAAAAACAGUUGAUGGAAAUUAUAAUGCAGGAGGUAAUGGUUAAAAUCCAUCUUGUUCUCUUUCUUCCAAUUCUUUAACUUGUUAAAAUACUUAUUCAAGAGCUGCUUGUCUUGACUUUGGAAAUGGGUGUUACUUUAAUAUUGAAUAAGGAGGUUGUAAUAAAUAUACUGAAAAUUCAUACAAAGUUCUAGAUUGUUCUCAAAUUAAUUCAAAAGAUUGUACAAAAAGUAAAACAUUAGUUGCAUAUUGCAGUUAAAAAUAAAAUGAAACACCAGAUAAUGAAAUAUCACCUGGUUGUUCAAUACCACCUAUAAAUAAAGACUUUUGUGAAAAAGAUUCUAAAUUCUAAAGCAGUUCUUGUAGUAGUUUAAAUAGUUCAACAAUUGAAAGUGAUUGUGCUUAUGCUAGUGAUUUUUGUUAUUUUGAUUCUACUUGCAAAACUCCUUAAUCUAUUGAAUCAAUUACAUGUACUACACCUGGAGUUAGCAAGUCAUUAUGUUUAUAAUUAAAUCUUCCAUGUGAUUUUUCUUCUGGUAAAUGUACUCAAUUAAUUAUACCUUCAUUAAAUACUGAUAAAUAAAACUAUUAUUAUGUUUGUAAUGAAGUAGGUUUAUUAACUACAAACAAAAGAGAAGAAGUUUGUGGUAAAAUAUCAACUGCUUCUUGCAAAUUCUAACUUAAUUCAUGUGAAUAAGCCUUUUAUGAAGAUUGCAAUCAACUCAUUGAAGUAACAUGUACAAUUAUAGCAUGUAAUUAAUGCUAUGGUUUUCCAACUGCUUAUGAUUAUAGUAUAAAUAAAUGCAAUAAGAUCACUAAUUUAUCUACAGACUGUGAUAAUAUUACAUAAAAAUCAGCUUGUUAAGCUUUAGUAUAAAAUUGUUAAUGGAAUGAUACAUCGAAUAAAUGCCACAUCAAUUUAAAGAGAUUAAAUAGAGAAAGUUGUACUUAACUAACUUCUGAAAUUUUAGCAAUAUGGGUUGAAAGUAAUAAUCAAUGUGAGAUUAAAACGUAGAAUGAAAUAUAGAAUGCAAGUGAUUGUUCCAUAUUAAGUAGAAAAGCUUGCUUAAUCCCUACUAAAUCAUGUUGGGUAAAUUCAAGUACUUUAUAAUGUGAAUAUGUUACUUAGAUAAUGGCUACAUGUGAUGAAAUAAAUGAUUAUUAAUCAUAGAGUCACCAUUGUUUAGUUUCAAAUAAAGAAGUAUGUAAAUGGUCAGUAUCCUCAUCCAAAUGUGUAAAACCAGAAUUAGAUGAUAGUUGUGAUGUGAUGAACAAAUAUGGUUGUCUAAAUAUGUAAAAGAAUGUAAAUUGUGGAUGGUCAGACUAUUAUAAAAAAUGCAUAACUAUAUAAGUUAAUUUAGGAAGUGGAUGUAUUUAUUAUGCCUUAGGAGGGUGGUAAUACUACAAUCAAGUAAAUCCUUAUGUGUGUGCAUCUCUAACUCUAGGAGCAUGUUACUUAGAUUCUAAGUCAAAUAAAUGCAUUACUGCUAAUACCAUAGCAUUAAAGUGUAAUUAACAUAAAGGUCUUAACAAGCUGGCUUGUCUCACCAAAACUUAAGACAAUUGUAAAUUUGAUUCUACAAAUUUGAAGUGUAUUCCUACUACCAGUUCAGAAAUGGAAUGUACUGGAGAUCAAUGUUGUUUAAGUACUUUAAAUAAAGUAGCAUGUUUAUCAAUGCCAAAUGCAAAUUGUUAAUUCUAUUUGAAUACUUGUUCAUCUUUUACCUUAAAAACUACAGUUGAUUCUGCUAGUAUACCCUUACUUCCUUCUUAAUUCAUAUCUCCUAACAUCUGCUCUUAAUAUAAUAAAAAUAUUUCAGGGGCCUAUUUUAUCUAUGAUAGAGUUAGAUAAUCAUGUCUCAAUAUAGAUAAAAACAGUCCAGCAAAAUACUUUGCUCUUUGUAGAUCCAUAUCUAUAAGUGAGAAAGGAUGUUUAGAAAAGACUAUGGAAUAUUGUAAUUUUAAUGAUUUAUAUAAAUAGGUUAAUAUGAGAACGAUUCUUGCUAAUCAUUAGCUAUAGAGGUAAUAAAAAAAUAAACAGGGUGUAUUUCAACUUAUAGUUGGAAAGCUUGCAUUUAACUUAAUGCAUUUUGUAAAUUUUAAGGAGGUAGGUGUAUACCAAUUUAGUAAAGCGAUACUUGUUCUAAUUUAAGUGAUGCAAUAGUUGGACCAUAAGUUUGUUCGCAAUUUCCAACUCCAUGCAAAUAUGACACAUAAAAGUUUUCCUGUAUGGUAGUUACUUUGAGAACAGAAACGUGUUCAUCUUUAGGACUAAGUAAAUCUGCAUGUUUAACAUAUACUUCUACUUCUUUUUGUAUUUUUGAUGCAAUUAGUUAUAAAUGCAAUCCAACUUAUGAUAAUACCUUACCUUGUGAAGACAAUAAUGUUCCUAAGACUUGGUUUGUAAAUUAAACAAAAUGUAAAUAUAUCAAAGCAUCUGGAAAUGUAAAUAUAUAUUAUUAAUAAAAGUAUUGUUAAUUUGCUGCUGGUGAUUUUAGUGAGUGCAAGGCUAUACCAGAAAGUUUAUUUACAGGUAAUUGUAAUGUUCCUGAUAUUGAUACAAAUCCAAUUACUUGUAGGAAAGCAACAAAUUAAGUUUGUUUUUAUAAUACAAUUACCCAAAAAUGCACAUUAGGAGAUGUGAAUAUUAUUCCAUGGAAACUUGGAUUUUCAUUUAAUAAACUAGCUUGUUUAACAUACAAUAAUCCUUUAUUUUAAGUUAAAUUAAUGUGGGAUUAUGAUAAAGGUUGUAUAGAACUAGAAUCGAAAGAUUUAGCUAAUAUUUAAUGCACAUCUCCAGUUAAUAGAUUAGCUUGUGUUUCAAUUACUAAUCCAACAUAAUUUUGCUAAUUUUAAAUGUCUACAUUCAAAUGUGAAUCAUUCAAUUAUAUUAUUCCGCCUUCUGAAAGCAAGAGUUGUGGUUCACUAACAAAUGUUAAUAGAUUUGAAUUUUGUCAAUAUUCAAGUGAAUCUUGUAUCUAUAAUAUAAUAUCUCGUGAUUGUGUUACUACUAAUCCUACUAAUAUUUUAAAUACAGGUGAUUGUUUUGAUAAAGGAAUGAGUAAACUUAUGUGUCAAUAAUUUUCAAAUAAUUGUCAAUAUAAUGAUGAUCGACGAUUUUGUUAUGGUGGCAAUAUUUUUUGUAAAGAUAAUACACCUCAAACUUGUAACACUGUCAAUAUGGAACCUUGUUGGAUUGUUAAUAAUUUAUGUGUAGGUAUUAGUUUUGCAGAUCUUAAUAUUAUUGAUUGUGAAUAAGCUGUUAAUAAAAUUGGAUGUACUUCCAUAUCAAAUCCAAUAAAGGUGUGUUAAUAUGAUAUCUAAAAAUCUGAAUGUAAAGAAAUAACUACACUUAAUAAUCCCUGUAAAUCAUAUACCAAUGUUAACACUAAUAGAGCAUGUGAAUAAACUAUUGAUACUGCGUGUAAAUUUAAUUUCUCAACUAAAUCUUGCUAAGAAGUAUCUCUUUCAGAUGUUUUUGAAUGUGAUCGAGGAUUGAAUUCACAAGCCUGCUAAAAUUAUACCAGACCUUCAUUAUCAUGUAAAUUUGGCAAAUAUUGUUAUGGUCCUACUACUGGCAUCUCUGAAUGUUCACAUGCAUUAAAUAAAGAAGUUUGCUUAAAUUUCAUCUAUUAAUGUACUUGGGAUUUCCAAAAUUCAUUGUGUCUCAAUUAUAACCUAAAUGGAUAAACUUGCUAAGAUCUUUAAAAUUAAUAAACUGUUGUUUCUAGUAGAGUAUGUUACAAUGCUUAAGUUCUUGAUGGAUAAGCAUGCGUCUUUGAUGUAUAUACUUUCACAUGUAAAAUUAUUGAACCUUAAUCCUGUUUUGAACUUGAAUCAGAAGAUUAAUGCAAAUCUUCAAAACAACUUCCCUGUAUUUGGCUUAAUAGUUUUUGUUAGUUCUUCUAACCACUUUCUACUGAUACUUGUGCAACUGUUGCCAAUCUAGGAUCCAAAAAUGCUUGUUUAAGUAUUUUUAGAAAGGGUUAAUUCUGCUAAUACUAAGAUUUCAAUUGUAUACCUUACAAAGAAAGUUAUCUAGCAGAUAAUUGUCUAGAUAAUAUUAAUAAAAUUGCCUGCAUUUCUUAAUAAACCAGUUCUUGUAUUUGGAAAUCUAUUUAAAAAGAUAUUUUCAUUAAUUAAGAAUAAAAAAUACCCUUUGAAGAAGGAUCUUGUAUUAAAUUUGAAUCCCCUAACUCUUAAGAUUGUGAUAAAAAUCUUAGUUAUUAGGCAUGUUUAUCAAUUACUAAAUAUGGCCAACAUUGUAGAUGGAUUAAAGGGGAAUGCAAUUAAAUAUAAUAAUCAUUAGGAACUAUUGUUCUCCAUAACACAUAUUAAUUGAUUAAUUCUAAUGCUUGUGGGCUUGUUAAUCAAGACAAAGUUCGUUAUUAAAACCAUACAAGAUCAUGCUAAUUAAUAAAAGAAACUGAAAAAAUUACCUGCAAAUGUGGUAAGGAGACCAAAGGCUUGAAUAAAGCUGCUUGUUUGAGCAUAAAAACUGAAAGUUGCAGAUGGAUUAGUACAUAAUCAAGAUGUGCAGAAUUUCAGAGCUAAUGUGAUAUGAAAUGA